CGAGGCAGCAGUCGCAGCGGCUUCAGCCUCCUGCUCGCUCACUCGUUCUCAGUGCCCGGAGCCGGGUGCCCGGCUCGGGUCGGUUCGCAGCUCCCGCUCCUGCUGGGGACCCGCAGCGCUCCGGACCGCGCGCGAGCCCCAGGCGCGCCGCGGAUGCAGGGCCGGAUGGCGCCGUCCGCAGUGGGCCUCCUUGUUGUCUCCCUUCUGCAAGCUGCCCUCACUCUGAACCCUGAGGACCCCAAUGUGUGUAGCCACUGGGAGAGCUAUGCUGUGACAGUGCAGGAGUCUUACGCACACCCCUUUGACCAGAUCUACUACACACGAUGUGCAGACAUCCUCAACUGGUUCAAGUGCACCCGGCACCGGAUCAGCUAUAAGACGGCGUAUAGGCGUGGCCUCCGCACCAUGUACCGCCGGAGGUCCCAGUGCUGCCCUGGCUACUACGAGAACGGAGACUUCUGCAUUCCCCUGUGCACGGAAGAGUGUAUGCAUGGCCGCUGCGUCUCCCCAGAUACCUGCCACUGUGAGCCCGGAUGGGGAGGCCCUGACUGCUCUAGCGGCUGUGACAGCGAGCACUGGGGUCCCCACUGCAGCAACCGGUGUCAGUGUCAGAACGGCGCCCUCUGCAACCCUAUCACUGGCGCCUGUGUGUGCGCCCCAGGCUUCCGAGGCUGGCGCUGUGAGGAACUCUGUGCUCCCGGUACCCACGGCAAAGGCUGCCAGCUGCCGUGUCAGUGCCACCAUGGCGCUAGCUGCGACCCACGCACGGGCGAGUGCCUUUGCGCACCCGGCUACACCGGUGUUUACUGCGAGGAGCUGUGCCCCCCUGGGAGCCAUGGGGCUCACUGUGAGCUACGCUGCCCCUGCCAAAACGGGGGCACCUGCCACCACAUCACUGGGGAGUGUGCUUGCCCUCCAGGCUGGACGGGAGCAGUGUGUGCCGAGCCCUGCCCAGCAGGGACCUUUGGCCAGAACUGUAGCCAGGAUUGUCCCUGCCACCAUGGAGGCCAGUGUGACCAUGUGACUGGACAGUGCCACUGCACAGCUGGAUACAUGGGGGACAGGUGCCAGGAGGAAUGCCCCUUUGGAACUUUCGGCUUCCGGUGCUCUCAGCGCUGUGACUGCCACAAUGGAGGUCAAUGUUCACCGGCCACAGGUGCCUGUGAGUGUGAGCCUGGCUAUAAGGGCCCGAGCUGCCAGGAGCGGCUCUGCCCGGAGGGCCUGCAUGGCUCGGGCUGCACCUUGCCCUGUCCCUGCGACACUGAGAACACUGUCAGCUGCCAUCCAGUCACUGGAGCUUGUACCUGCCAACCAGGCUGGUCUGGCCACUACUGCAAUGAGUCCUGCCCUGCCGGCUACUAUGGCAAUGGUUGCCAACUGCCCUGCACCUGCCAGAAUGGCGCUGACUGCCACAGCGUCACUGGGGGCUGUACUUGUGCACCAGGCUUCAUGGGAGAGGUGUGUGCGGUUCCCUGCCCUGCGGGGACCUAUGGUCCCAACUGCUCAUCUGUAUGUAGCUGCAGCAAUGGCGGCACCUGUUCCCCUGUGGACGGCUCCUGCACCUGCCAAGAGGGGUGGCAGGGCCUGGACUGCUCCCUGCCUUGUCCCAGUGGGACCUGGGGCCUGAACUGCAAUGAGAGCUGUGUCUGUGCCAACGGGGCAGCCUGCAGCCCCUCUGACGGCUCCUGUGCCUGUACACCAGGCUGGCUGGGGGACUCCUGCGAACUACCCUGCCCAGAUGGCACUUUUGGACUGAACUGCAGUGAACACUGUGAUUGCAGCCAUGCCGAUGGCUGUGACCCUAUCACAGGCCACUGCUGCUGCCUGGCAGGAUGGACAGGCAUCCGCUGUGACAGCACGUGUCCUCCGGGUCGCUGGGGUCCCAACUGCUCAGUGUCCUGCAGCUGUGAGAAUGGAGGUUCCUGCUCCCCAGAGGACGGAAGCUGCGAGUGUGCCCCUGGCUUCCGAGGACCCUUAUGUCAGAGAAUCUGCCCACCAGGGUUCUACGGCCAUGGCUGCACCCAGCCUUGUCCUCUCUGCGUGCACAGCAGCGGGCCCUGCCACCACAUCAGUGGCAUCUGUGAGUGCCUGCCAGGAUUCUCUGGAGCCUUGUGCAACCAAGUGUGUGCUGGAGGGCACUUCGGGCAGGACUGUGCCCAGCUCUGCUCCUGUGCCAACAACGGGACCUGCAGCCCCAUCGAUGGUUCCUGUCAGUGUUUUCCUGGGUGGAUUGGCAAGGACUGCUCACAGGCCUGCCCACCUGGGUUCUGGGGCUCUGCCUGCUUCCAUACAUGCAGCUGCCACAACGGGGCGAGCUGCAGCGCCGAGGAUGGGGCCUGCCACUGCACCCCUGGCUGGACUGGACUCUUCUGCACGCAGCGUUGCCCCACAGCAUUUUUUGGGAAGGAUUGUGGGCACAUAUGCCAGUGUCAGAACGGAGCCAGCUGUGACCACAUUACUGGGAAAUGCACCUGUCGAACAGGCUUCACUGGGCGCCACUGUGAACAGAGAUGUGCCCCGGGAACGUUUGGAUACGGGUGUCAGCAGCUCUGUGAGUGCAUGAACAAUGCCACUUGUGACCAUGUCACUGGUACCUGCUACUGCAGUCCUGGAUUCAAAGGAAUCAGAUGUGACCAAGCUGCCCUCAUGAUGGACGAGCUGAAUCCCUACACCAAAAUCAGUCCAGCUUUGGGAGCAGAGCGGCACUCAGUGGGUGCUGUCACAGGCAUCAUCCUUCUGUUGUUCCUGGUUGUGGUGCUGCUGGGCCUUUUUGCCUGGCGACGGAGGCGACAGAAAGAGAAAGGCCGUGACCUGGCUCCCCGUGUCUCCUACACCCCAGCCAUGAGGAUGACCAGCACAGACUAUUCACUCUCAGAUUUGUCUCAAAGUAGCAGCCAUGCCCAGUGCUUUUCCAAUGCCAGCUACCACGCACUGGCGUGCGGGGGCCCUGCCACCAGCCAGGCCAGCACUCUGGACAGGAACAGCCCCACCAAGCUCAGUAACAAGUCCCUUGACAGAGACACAGCAGGCUGGACCCCCUACAGCUAUGUGAACGUGUUAGACUCCCAUUUCCAGAUCAGUGCCCUGGAGGCCAGGUACCCGCCCGAGGACUUCUACAUUGAACUUAGACACCUCAGCCGCCACGCUGAGCCACACUCACCAGGCACCUGUGGAAUGGAUAGACGUCAGAAUACAUACAUUAUGGACAAAGGCUUCAAAGAUUACAUGAAAGAAUCUGUGUGCAGUUCUAGUACUUGCUCCUUGAACAGCAGUGAAAACCCUUAUGCCACAAUUAAGGACCCACCCAUCCUCACCUGCAAGCUUCCAGAAAGCAGCUAUGUAGAAAUGAAGUCACCUGUGCACAUGGGGUCUCCGUACACAGAUGUGCCAUCCUUGUCGACAGCUAAUAAAAAUAUAUAUGAGGUUGGUAGGUGUCUGACAUAACUUAGGAAACCAGGGGAACAGUGCUGCACCUCAAGUGAAAGUAAGCCCACUCCACUCACUCUUAUCUCCAUAGCACACCUUCUGUUUGGUUGCCUUUGAAGGAACCUGAGGAGAAACUCCAUCCCAGGACUGCCCUCCCCCUAAGACAGGAAACCAAAUCUCGUGUCACUGCUUACAAAUCACACCUGAUAAGCAGCAGAAAUACUGAGGCUGGGAACCAGUAUAGAACAUUUCAGCUGAUUGCUGAUACAAAUCCAAGUGUGACAAAGAAAAGAGUCAGAACAGCCACUGCCACUUUUUUUUUUCAUUUGCCAUGUUUCUAAACCACAUCUUUACACCUCCCCAGUUUAACUAUGAUCCUAGAUGCACUCCUGACCCACACCUCUAGGAUGUCUUGCAUCUCUUGCCAAGCAGAGGCUGGGUUCUGACAGUACACUUCCUUAGGUUUUUCCAUCUCCUGAGCCAGGCUCUGUCCUAAUCCUUGUAUGUUUGUCAGAUUAUACAACCACAGUUCCUUUCCCCAACAAGUUAAACGGAACUUUCUUCCUUCCCGCCAAGGCAACAACACUAAUCUGUUCCCUGAACUCAUUUUUCACUAUAUUCCUUAGAGCCCACAGUCAGUGUGGUCCAGGAAGGCCGAGGUCAGAACUCCAGCUAUAUCCAGAAUCCAUACGACCUACCUAGGAACAGCCAUAUUCCUGGUCAUUGUGACCUCCUCCCAGUAGGAGAGGGCCCCACCCAUGGGCUCCCCCAGGACAAACAGUAAGAGGGACAAACUUCCGAGUGUGCUCUGUCGACUAUUUUCUGAAUCUGAAAGAAGACAAUCUGUGACCUGAAAUGUCAGUACAGACGGACUGAGCUGUGUGUGAUUAGCUCCUUCACCUGGAUUGAAGACAUGCUUCUAAACGGGAGUGGGUAACUGUUCAACAAAGCCUGUUCACAAAGGCAAAUCCUAUCACCUUCAGCCCUAAAUGCCUGGGUAUGAUUUUUUAAAACAUUUAAGAUACUGCUACUCAUCAACAUCAGCUAGAAGAUAUGUAUUUAAUAUUCUGAAACAACUCUUAAGAAGCAUGUAGCUUAGGUUCUGCAAACUUUCCUAAGAAGAAAAGGGGGCUGGGGAGGGGAGAGGGGACACUUUAAAGCACCUGAAAUGUAUAUGUGCUGUUGGCUGUUGGUACCAUCAACACCUGUUUCUAAGGGAAUUGGUCUGUGGACAUGAACUGUUCUAGUAUUAAUCGCAAAGUCCGUGUACAUAAAGCUUUGGUCCAUCAAAAUAUAACAGCCACAAUCAGAGUUUAAAAUAUAGCCUAAUUCUGACAACUUGCAUUUUCAAAAACAAGAAUUUAAUAGCCAUUUUCUUCUGCCCUAUUAGUGAUAACAGGCAAAACAGAAAGGGGGAAUAAGUAAUCAUUUCAAAAGUGCAGCAGUUUCUGUCAAUCUAGAAUGAUGUCUACACCAGUCUUACCAAAUUCGGGAAUAAUGAAUGCCAGGCCUGGCCUGGCUACAGUGAAUUAGUUCACCCAACACCUGAGUUAUUCUGUGUGCGCCAGAGAACUAAGAUGCUGCUUUGAGAGAACAGUCCCAGGGCUGGUAAUGUAGCUCAGUGGAAGAGCACUUGCCUACUGAGCAAGGACCUGUGGUAGAUCACCAGCAUCAUUAAAAAAAGGCACCGGGUGGUAAGAAUUAAGUUUCCCUAAAAACAUCUAAUAAUUGGCCUGUUCACUUUACUUAGUCAGAGUCCCUUGUUUUUGAGCAGUUCUUCAUAAAUGGCACUUGAUGGAGUGCGGAACCUGAAAGUGUAGAAGAAAUUACACCAUUGUGGGCAUGGUAAGCUUAUGUUGCUUAAAAAACAUGAUGGUUUUUUGAUGGAGCUAAUGAAAUAAUGUAAAACAAACAAACAAAACAGUAAAAUCCCCCCACCUACUGAGGUGGAGAAAUGUGUACUCCAUUAGCUGGUGCUUCAAACCUCCUGUUCAGGUAAGUCCAUAACUUCCACGGCACAGGUUUAAACUGAGGCUUGAACAGUUCUGAACGGCUAAUUCCCAAGUCCUAAAGGACCUCUUCACAAGAAUUAAGAGCAAAAAGGGAAGUUAAUGGUCACCUUGUGACAUCCCAUGCUCUUAAAGAGGAAUAAGGGUAUAGAGCCUUUGAAAAUUACCUAAAAAUGCUUUACAGAAGAGGGAAUAGAAGACUGCAAAGCUGGAUACUGCUACAGGAAGUGGGGUUGAUAUCCUUAGUUUGAGUAAUAAUCAGCAAAAGAAAGAAAGAAAAUUAACACGAGCAAAUCUCUCUCAUUUCACUCAAGGCAGAAGCCAAUUUUAGCAUUAGAGGAACAUAUACAUGAAUGCUGCAUGUGUGCAUGGAAGCGAGUGAUCAGCAAUAGUAAACUUUCCAAAAAGCCUUAUUAAAAUAGAAACAUUAGAAAAUUAUUUGUAGACCUAAGUUAAUAUUUCUCAUACAUAUGUAUAAAAAAUAAA